CCGUGAGGUAUUAGCCUGUGAGUCAUGGAACGUUACGAAACGCCUGAUCUACGAGUAACUCUUUAUGAAAAUGGAACCUCGAUUCGAGACAUUGCUAACGAGAAGGUUAAAGACGAAGACCAAGAUGAACCAAAAAGAGAGGACGUAGAUGAUCCAUUCUACCUCUACGACCUCGGCGAUGUAGUGACCAAAGACAAGUUGUGGGCGAAGUUAUUGCCAAACGUCGAAGUAUUCUUUGCCGUGAAAAGCAACCCGGAUCCAGUGAUCAUUCGUCUCUUGAUUGGACUUGGUAAAUCGUUUGAUUGUGCUAGCAAGAAAGAGAUCAAAAUGGUUCUAGAUCUAGGAGCAAGCGCUGAUCGCAUUAUCUUCGCUCAUCCCUACAAACAAGAAUCACAUCUUCGUUUUGCGAAAGAGAAAGGAGUACGACUCAUGACAUUUGACACGGCGGAAGAACUGCAGAAAGUCAAACGGGUUCACCCUAAAGCGCAGCUCGUACUUCGUAUACGUUAUGACGACAGCACGGCUACAUUUAAUUAUGGAUCAAAAUUUGGUUGUCGCGGGGAAGAAGUACGCCCCCUCCUGGAGAUUGCCAAGAAACUAGGACUAGAUGUCGUUGGUAUCAGGUGA